UUUUUUGCUUCUGAGAUCUAUUUACAUUUAGAGGGAGACCUCUCCAUCUUGUCCCCACUCCCUGAUAAUCACUGUUUUUUCUCAGGGCAGCUAAUGUUAACGUUGCUCCAUCCUAGUGUUUCUUUUCCCGAUCUGUUAGAUGCAUCACAGCUGGAUGUAUAGAAUAAAUACACCAGUUGACUUUGAAAUGCAUUACGUUAGUGUGUAGCACUCAAAUUACGAGAAGUCAAAUUUUAACUGUUUUGUUUACCACUUAAAUGCAGAUUUUAUUUUCACUCUGCUACUUUGCAAGGCUUUUGGUGUGAACUAAUGCAAACAUGAAAAUCAUGUUCUUUAACAGUAUGUUAAAAGUGCUUAUAUGUUAAAAGUACUCACCACAAAGCAGACACUUCUUUGUUGGGCAACCAGCACAGCUUUUUCAUGUUGUCUGUGUGUCCUCACCCGCCCCAACCUAUUUAGGUCAAUACAAGCAACUUCAGAGGAAGUCACUGCUUGAUUAUAAGACUACGGCUUUGGACUGCAGAGGACAAAGUGUGCGAGGAAAACGAGCGCUUCUGGGCCAUCCACAAGCAGUGGACACCCUCUGAAUAUCGCAUGGGGUAUCCACCUGAUGGUGUUUGGUUCCUUUACUUUGGAAACUGAACCACAUCCACUUGCCGAAAGGCGCUGCGUUGUUCGGAGACCUGUCUGGGACAAGCCACCUGCACGCGCUUUGUGUCACGCAGCGAGCCUGGGAGCGUGGGUCCAAACCUUCCUGGAGCACGAAGGGGCCGAGAAGAGGACAGAUCAGCUGGCAUGCUGCCCGUGAGGCACCACCAGGAACAAUCCGAUCCUCCAGUUGACCCCUUUACGCUCUUGUGUUGCUGCUAUUAGUGACAGCUAACAGAACUCACACGUGUGCACAGUCCAGGCGUAGGGGGGGAAAAUUAGCAGGAGGAGAUCAGAGGAAGAUAAGCGAGGAGCGAGCCGCUUCCCCGAGACCUUCCACUGCGGAUCCGCGAGGGAACAUCAGACGCGUUAAAAAAACCAAAACAAACCCAAACACGGCGUUCAAGCCAGCACAAGGCGAGCGAAAGAUCAAAAAGACGCGGAGCGAGAGAAAGAGGCAGAGAGGGAGACAGAUUAACUGGAGCGGCAGCGGCAGCAACAACAACAACAAAAAUCACACUUAAAAUCAUAAUAACAAUAACAACAAUAAUAAACCCCAAACCACCGGCAAGGGAGAUCUUGUUUAAAAAGAGCGAGCGAGGGAGCGAGCAGAAGAGCCGGUCUGACCGAGUGGAUCCGUGCAGCCGCUCCUGGGAUCGCCGGGAUCCAGCCGAUCGAGUCCCCGCUGCGGGGCCGCGCCGGGCACCGCCGCAGCAUCCUCGGCGCUGAGCCUCGAAGGAAACCGCUCCGGAGCGGGGCUCGGGGGGCCAGCCUCGCCGCCGGGGGGGCUGCCGGCGUCGACCCCGCUCCCCGCAGCCCCCGGCUCCGCUCCGGGCCGGCUCGGGAGGGCAGCGGUGCGGUGCGGAGCCGAGCCGAGCCGGGGACCCGCACCCACGGCCUGCGGCUCGUCGUCUUGCGGGGGCGGAGUGGGCGGGGGGGUACAAGUGGCACUGCUCCCCCCCCUCUCACCCCCCCCUCCUGCCAGGCUAUAAAUUGGAUUGUAUAUAAAUCUGCUUCGUUUAUCUCCCUGACCCCCCUCCAUGACGCCGGACUAAAGAGCUCCUCUCCGCGGCCCGCCCGGACCUGCCGAAGCGAGCGAUGGACCAGGCGCGGCGCCGCCCGGGGAUGCCCCUCUGAAAGCGGCGCGGGGCCCCGGGGCAGCGCGGCGCCGCCUCCCCCAGCUCCCCGGCUCCCCUCGCACCCCCGGCCCGCUCCCCCCUCUCCCCCCCCACCCCGAGCUCCGCAGCCACCCCCUCACCUGCUGCCGCCCCCCUCCCCCGUCGGAGAGCCGGGCUCUCGGUGCACCGCCAGCCUCUCCCCCCCCCCCUUCCCCUCCCUCCAUCCCUCCCUCCCCAACUUCGCCCUCGGUGCCUGCGUGUGCAGCCUCCCCCCCGGCGGCACACGCCGCCGUUCCCCGGGCGCCCCCUCCUUCCCUCCUUCCCUCCCUCCCUCCUUCCCUUCCCUUCCCUCCGCUCGCCGGCCCCGGCCCCCCCCUGCGCGGAGCGGUUGCGGCCCCCCACUCGGCUGCCACCGCCCCCUCCGCGCCGCGGAGCGCUCGGAGCUCGGCGCGGCGCUGCCUGCACACGGGCUCCCUGCGGCGCUCCGGGUGGCGGCCCCCAGCUCGGCCCCCCGCUCCUCCGCCAUGGACGGGGCGGCUCGCCGGGGGGUGCUGGGCGCGCUGCUGGCCUGCGGGCUGCUCCUGCUGGGCGCCUCGGGCACCCCGACCCCGCCGGCCCCCGCCGGCGGCUCCCCGCAGGACACAUGCACCUCCUGCGGCUUCCGGCGGCCCGAGGAGCCGGGCAAGGUGGACGGGGAUUUCCUGGAGGCGGUCAAGAGGCACAUCCUGAGCCGGCUGCAGAUGCGGGACCGGCCCAACAUCACGCACGCCGUGCCCAAGGCGGCCAUGGUCACGGCGCUGCGCAAGCUGCACGCCGGCAAGGUGCGGGAGGACGGCCGCGUGGAGAUCCCCAGCCUGGACGGGCAGGCGAGCGCCGGGCCCCCGGCCCACGACCCCGUCUCCGAGAUCAUCAGCUUCGCCGAGACAGACGAUCUGGCCUCAUCUAGAGUCCGCCUCUAUUUCUUCAUCUCGAAUGAAGGGAACCAGAACUUGUUUGUCGUUCAAGCCAGCCUGUGGCUUUACUUGAAGCUGCUUCCAUAUGUCUUAGAGAAAGGCAGCAGGCGAAAAGUAAGAGUCAAAGUCUAUUUCCAAGACCCGGACACUAGCAACAAGUGGAAUGUGGUUGAAAAGAAAGUCGAUCUCAAAAGAAGUGGUUGGCACACUUUUCCCAUGACAGAGGCGAUCCAGGCUCUGUUUGAGAGAGGAGAAAGGAGACUGAACUUGGAUGUUCAAUGUGAGGGCUGUGAAGAGUAUUCAGUGCUGCCAAUUUAUGUGGACCCCGGGGAGGAAUCCCACCGGCCUUUUUUAGUGGUGCAAGCCCGCCUCGCCGAUAACAAACACAGGAUCCGGAAAAGAGGCCUGGAGUGCGAUGGCAGGACCAAUCUAUGUUGCAGGCAACAGUUUUACAUUGACUUUAGACUCAUUGGGUGGAAUGACUGGAUCAUAGCACCAUCAGGUUACUAUGGGAAUUACUGUGAAGGGAGCUGCCCGGCCUACUUGGCCGGCGUCCCGGGGUCGGCUUCCUCCUUUCACACCGCUGUCGUGAAUCAGUACCGAAUGCGGGGGCUGAACCCGGGCACCGUGAACUCCUGUUGCAUUCCAACCAAACUUAGCACAAUGUCAAUGCUGUACUUUGAUGAUGAAUACAACAUUGUGAAAAGGGACGUUCCCAAUAUGAUUGUGGAAGAAUGUGGUUGUGCUUGAUUUGAGGUGUGUGUUUUUGGGGGGGAGAGAGAGAGAGAACAUUCCCAUACGAGAUGGUGUUGGAGGAAGUUUCACUGUGUAUCCAGGCAUCAGUGUUGAAAAGUCACUGUGGAAAAGUUUGACGAAAAAAAAAAAAUCAUUUCACUUUGGUGUCAGGACAGUGGCAGUUUGUGGAUCUUGGACACUUAUAUAUCCUACCACUUAUAAGUUAAUGCUAUGAGAUAUCUUAAAGACACACACACACACACACACCGUGCGCACGCACACAAACACGCGCUCGUACACACACAGACACCCACACACACAGACACAGACACAAGGCAGCUUGGAAAAGGGACAUGAGCACAGGAAGUCAGUGACCAGUGACAACGUACCUAAAUGCCUGCCAGUACGAGUGAACGGCUGCGCAGCUGUUUCCCCGCCUGCCGGCGAAGUCAGACCGAAACGAGCUCCCUUUGCUCAGGCAAAAGCACAGACUGCGAGAGCACGACGUAUUCUUGCACGCAGGUGUCAAAAUGACCAAACUUAGAAAAAAGAGAAAAAAAAAAAGAAGUCGACUGUCACCUCUUAGGUCUAGUGGGAAGCUGCAGGACACCUGCCUUUGUAGGUGAUCACUUCCUCUUAAUUUAAAUUUAUCUAAAUAAAAGCAUCACAGAAACCUGUAUCUCCCUACAGCACUUCCAGUAAAGAAUCGUGUGGUGACAUCUGAGAGAGAGGAGACAGACGCGUAGGCAACGGCUAUAUUUCUGAUGUCAGGCUGUUGCGAAGUCACAAGCUGGGCUGGCAUUGUCCGAUGCUUUAACUGACCACUAGCAUCCCGCGGAUGGCUGUACCUGUGGUGUCUCGGAGGAGGGGAUUUGACACCGUAUCUGGCCUGCGUUGACCGUGAGCAUCCCUCAGCGAUCCGAGAGCAAAGAGUCAAAGUUGCAAUCUGCGUUCUUCAAUGGGGGACUCAGCAAGGGCCCGCCACGUGGGGAGCAAGCAAGCAAGCGACCGCUACCACGGCUAAACCAAUGAACCCUAAAGAGGAGUGACAGUCAUGCAGUGGAGACAUUCUGAAAAAAUGCAGUGCAUUUAAUAAUGGGCGAGGAACAUUUUAACAAGUCUUGGAAAGGAGAAGAGAGGAGAGUGCUUUCAAUUUCCUUACCAGGAGGUGUCAAGGAUGGCCAUAAAGAUCAGAAAAUAAUGAUACAGCAUAGCACUUGCAAACUGCUUGAAUGCACGUAUAAUAGCACUUGCAAAUUUCAAUGCCUUGAAAAGUGGUACUUGAUAGUGCACUUAUCUUUGCUCACUAUCUAGGUAAACAGGUGCCGCAUGAGCUAUGCAAUUUAAAGUGUUGACCCAUACUAGACAAAACUGGACUUAUGAUAUGACUUUUUUAUAUUUUUUUAUACUUGAAAUUAAAUCUUUUGCUUCUUUUUUAAAGCGAAUGAUUGCUUUUAAUGUUUGCACUGAUUUAGUUGCAUGAUUAGUCAAAAAACUGCCAUUUGAAAAAAAUGUUAUUUUUAUAGCAGCAAAAAAUGAAUACAGUUAAAUGUAUUAUACAUAAAUUUUGGAACCAAAGAGGCCAACAUAUUAGUUAUAAUUUUUAUGAGAUGGCAAAGCCAUCAUAUAUCAUGUAGUCAUACUGAGCAAUCCCUCACGAGGCCUACCAAUUGUUUCAGGGUACAAAAUGGAUUCUGUUUGUUCUAUUCAGUGUCUUUUCUAUACCAUACGCACAUGGAAAGUAGAGUGAAAAAAAUGACUAUUGUAGAAUACAUUACAAUAUGUGCAUCCUUUAAAUCCAAUUUUUAUGUUUAUUUAAUAAAGUUCCUUUUAGGUUCUGUUCCAUAAUAAUUUAAACCAAACAAAUUUCACUUAGAUUUGCUGUUGAAGUAUUUUACAUUUGUGUACAGUUUAAAUAAAUAAUAAUAAAAAAAGAUUGAAA